AUGGUCGACGUUUAUACUGCUUUUCAGCAUCGCCACGAUGUUGGUGCCACCCACAAGCGAAAAAGGUUUCUGGAUGAUUCCGACGACUCUUUCUCCAAUCGCGAUAUCAAACGACGAUCUUUUCACUCUUUGCCAAUCCGAACUUCACCUCCAAGACCUCAGAUUGCCAUUCCUCCCGUCUAUUCACUCUUUACCUCGGUCUAUCAACAACCUCCAACACCUGUCGACACCUCCGAAGACGAAAGUCCAGGUUUCCCGCGCCAUGAUUCUCAAUGGCCCAUGAAACAGAACGAUUCCAAUGUCUCUCUUCCAAGCCAGAACGAUGACAUUUCUUCUGCUCCUGCAUUCUCCCGGGAUUCCGAUGACAUGGAGAUGGAACUAUCUUCCCCGACAAAGCCAGUGAUACGCCGAGCACGUUCGAAUGACAUUGUCCCUCCGCAUCGCGAUUCCAACUUCCUCGGCGUGAUGGACUCUCUGCUACGGGAUAGAGUUCCCACUCCAAUCAGCAGUCAUUUCGACAAUCGGGUAUCUGACUUGCCCAACGCUCCACGCCAUCAGUUUCCACCGUUGCGUACUAAUCUCAGUCCCAUGUUUGAACAAGAGUCCUGGAUCACUCGAGAUGGACUACCCAGUCCUAUCGAGGACCAAGACAUGGACAACGCAAUGAUGAUUGACGAAACGAAUGAUUCCAUGAGUGGACUACGCGUGAGUGGUGCCAAUGAAACCGCCGACUCGACCGCAUCCUCACCUGUCUACUGGACACCCACGGAUGGAAACUCGAGUCCAGGAAGAGGGAGAACUGCUCGGCUGCACAUGGGAUACCUGAAUGGCUGCGAAAAAUGCAUCCAAAAGGUUCCUGGACAUUACAGCCACAUUUUACGAUCAUGA